CCGCGUCCCUCCGGCCCCGCACCCCGCGCUCGCUCCCUCGAGCGGGUCGCUCGCGGCUCCUCCGUGCGGCCCGUUUCCGGCGGGGCCAGGGCGUCUCGGUGACGGCCCGACUCCCGCGCGCUCAGUACUGCCGGCGGCGGCCAGAUGCAGGCGGAGAGGGCAGCUCGGGGUGGCCGUGGCCGCCGGCCCUGCCGCGACCGGCCCGGUGGCGACCGCGAGCGGGCGGGAGCCGCAGCGGCGGUGGCCAGAGGCGGCGGCGGGGACGGAGGCGGCCGCCGGGGCCGUGCCGGCCGGGGCUUCCGCGGCGGCCGGGGCUUCCGCGGCGGCCGAGGCGGAGGCGCCCCGCGAGGUUGCCGCCGAGAGCCCGGAGGCCGGGGCGCCGGGGUCAGAGCGCCGGUUGAAGAUGGCAGUGAUGCAGAGACCUGCGGAGAAGAGAAUGAUGAACAGGGAAAUUACUCUAAAAGAAAGAUCGUCUCUAACUGGCAUCGAUAUCAAGAUAUGGAAAAAGAGGUUAACAAUGAAAGUGGAGAGUCACAGAGGGGGACAGAUUUCAGUGUUCUCCUCAGCUCUGCAGGUGAUGGAAGGAAGCUAUUGUACAGGUGGAGGCAGUGCCCAUUGCUAUGCGCUUGGACAGUUGUCAACUGUAACCGGUGGAAAGGGGACUCCUUCUCACAAUUCCGAUUUGCUGAGGAGAAAGAGUGGGAUGGUGAAACUUCAUGUCCAAAACAGAAUUCAGCAUUUUAUGUGGACUGUGAAUCACUGGUUCGAGCCCUUCAAGAACUGCCUCUUUCACUCCGACUCAACGUUGCUGCUGAAUCGGUCCAGACUACCCUGCCUUUAGAGCUUCCUCAGGUGAAACCAACAAGAAAUGAUGAAGGCAAGGGACGAGGGAUGCAGUUAAAAGGGCCCCGAGGAAAGGGGUCCGUCUCUGAGCUGAAGUCUGCCAGCAGCCCUGUGUACCUCGGUCAGGACAGCCCAAGACCGGGUCCUUCACAGGGGUCUCAGAAACCCGCUUCCCCACUGCAGCUGGCAGCAGACCACCUGGAAGAAGAACUAGAUCUGCUGCUUAGUUUAGAUGCACCUAUAAAAGAGGGAGGUAACGUCUCGCCAGACCAGACAUCUCAGAGCCUGGAAUCUGAGAAAGAUGGCGAUGUGGCUCAAGAAGAAACAGCUCCUGCAAACCCAUCUGUGACAGAAGAAAAAAUUGUAGAAGCUGAGCAACUAAGUACAUCUAAAAAUGUUACCGAGGAAGAGCUUGAAGACUGGCUGGACAGCAUGAUUUCCUAACAAAAAAGAAAAGCAAUGAGAGAGAAAAUGAAAAAAGUACCUGAAGCAAAUUUUGGUUGCCUUGUAAGUAAGGGCGGGCCCAUGGCUGUCCUUCAGGAGCAAGGCGGUUUACGAGCGCACCCCAAGCCAGGGCGCCUCGGCGGCUUCUGCAGUCAGUGCCUGCCUCUAUGUUCAGCAGCUUCUGAAACAAUACCUGUAAGAGGCUCCUUGCACUUAUUCUUGGGUUUGGUAAUCUGAUUCCUUAAGGGCAGGUGAUGUUGCCUCCUUGUUUCCAGCCUCCUUCCUCUGUGUUUACAGCAUAGCAGGUAUUGCUGAGAAUAGACGCAAGGCGUGCAUUUGGCCAAAAUAAACAAACGCUGGUCUAUG